AUGGACGGACAGCAGCGCGACGAGCGCGCGGGACAGCAGAGCAUGCAGAACGGCAGGGUGUCGGUGAACGGAGCACAGCUCGCAGUAGGCCCACGGAGACGAAAUGACGGUCAGUCACCAGAAGGACACCACUACCUCCGGGAUAUUGGCGAAAAGCUGACACGAAAAUUUCCAGAAUCAUGGGUUGAAAUUUCGUCGCAACCGUCCUCGUCGUCCCUCUCGUCCAUCGGCGACGAUAUCGUCACGACAGGUCUCCGCGUCGGCGGGUCCAUGGCUGCCCGCCGGCGUCGCUUACAUCACCAGAGCCAGCCUGUGCCGCGAUCUUUCCAUGUCGACCAAACGGCCAUUCACGCUGGCACAAGCAGUCAAGAGGAAUACGAGGAGAGCGAAAGCGAGGAGGAUAGAUGCCUGACAAGCUCAACCGAGAACGUCCAGCCUUUCUUGCGUGCGUCAUUCCAGCAACAGCAGCGGCCCCGAGGGGAAUCGGAGGAUUCCGACGACAGCGAUGAGAUUGCCACAGCCCUGGGGCGUGUCCCCGACGAUCCUGUCUUCAGACCCCAGCCAAACGCCUUUUCUCAUCCGCCCUCGGGUUUGAACAGAAGUCACUCGGCCAACUCGGCGAUCCACCAACACCCGCACAGCGGUGUGCGGCCUGCCCUCUCCCAACGAUCACAGACCAGAGUCCAGCGCGGCCCGCCCAACUUUAUGUCUCCCGCCUAUCAAGCUGACAACGACGCGGCUCUUCGUGCGUCGCUCACCACCCUUCUGUCAUGCGCUGCUGCAGCCCGCGGUCUGCCCAAGUACAAGGAUACUGAGCGACCUGGCGUUCCGUCGGCGCACGCCGGGGUCGGACCUAGCUCUCAACCUGUUGAGUUACGGCUGAUGCCCGAAUCUGAGCUCAUGACUGAGAAACAUACCCAAACUCAAGGCGCCCCGUCUGCCAAGUCACCUGUCGCGCGCCCACGGACGACGACAACGUCUUCUGCCUCCUCGUCACCCAGGAGCGACGGUGUCGACAAGCACAAGCGUACUCCUUCACAAACCCGGUCUUCGAGAGCGGCCAAGAAAAAGAAGGUGGCGGCGAGUGACGACGCUCUCAUCAGCCCGACGUUGCUGACGUGGGUCGUGAGCGCCGGUGUCGUAGUCCUGGUGUCCGUGGUGGGAUUCGGCGCUGGCUACGUGAUCGGCCGCGAAGUUGGACGCCAGGAAGCCCUCUCGGCAGGUGUGGGCGUCAACGCCUCGACUGUGGCAGACUCUUCGUCGUGCGGGCGAGAAGUUAUUCGGUCGUCCGGCGGCGGUCUUCGCCGCUUGAGGUGGGGUGCGGGGGUUGGUCGCAGCGUUGCCGCUUGA